AUCGACACCACCGCUGCUCUAGCCGAUUUUCUCGGUGGUCUGGGCGAGACCCUCGGGCAGCCACCGAGACUCUACAUGGACCUGGAAGGCAACGACCUGUCUCGCGCGGGCACCUUGUCGCUCAUCACGAUUCUGCUCGAACCGGAGAAGGACGUCUACCUCAUCGAUAUUACCACGCUUGGACAGAAGGCUUUCAGCACCGCGGACGACAAUGGCCGGACGUUCAAGUCCGUCAUGGAAUCUCCCGACAUCAUCAAGGUCUUCUUCGACAUCCGCAACGACUCCGAUGCCCUGUACAGUCUGUAUAGGGUCCGCGUCGCCGGCAUCGAAGACUUGCAGUUGAUGGAACUGGCAUCCCGAAACUUCUCCAAGAAAUGCGUCAACGGUCUCGCCAAGUGUAUCGACGGCGACCACACUAUCGGUCAUGCCGAGAAAAGACAGUGGCAGACCGUCAAAGACCAGGGCAGGAAGUUGUUCGAUCCGGCCAGAGGCGGAUCGUACUCCGUCUUCGACCAGCGUCCUCUGUCGGAAGAUAUGAAACAGUACUGCGCUCAAGAUGUCACCUUCAUGCCGCACCUGCGCCAAGCCUACCGCCAGAAGUUGUGCGAUGCUUGGUGGAGAAAGAUCGAGGCUGAGACUGUCGUUCGCAUUCAGCUGUCGCAAACUCCGAGGUACAACGGCAAAGGUCGACACAUGGCUCUUGCACCGACCAGUUGG